AUGCAAGAGAAGCCCACAGUAUGCAUCGGCAUUGUUAGGAGGGCGUCUAUAUGUGACGGUGGCAAAGGAGGGCCGGGGAGGCCGGGUGGCAAGCACGAGUGCGCCCUCGUAUUGUCCCCUCCGCAUCCGACUGUAGGCAACGUCGUGCGCAUUGUGCGCGGACCGGCGCCGACACUCGUUCUCGUGUUCCUCUUCCGUGUGUACAAAGUUGCCUUGGCCGACGACGACAGCAACACGAACCCGAACCCGGACCAAGUCUCAGCACUAUGA